AUGUCCAAGAUAGUAGCUUUUGCAUUUUUGGCAACGUGUGGUGUUAGCUUAGCAAAUCCGGACGCGAAAAGACUUUACGAUGAUUUGCUAAGUAAUUAUAAUAGACUCAUUCGGCCUGUCGAUAAAAAUAAUAAUACGGUGCUUGUGAAAUUGGGCUUGAGACUGUCACAACUUAUUGACUUGAAUCUAAAGGAUCAAAUCUUAACUACAAAUGUUUGGUUGGAACAUGAAUGGGAAGAUCAUAAAUUCAAAUGGGAUCCUAAUGAGUAUGGUGGCGUCAAAGAACUUUACGUACCGUCGGAGCAUAUUUGGUUGCCAGACAUCGUGCUAUACAACAACGCUGACGGAGAGUACGUGGUGACAACGAUGACAAAAGCGGUCCUUCAUCACAACGGUAAAGUGUUAUGGACACCACCAGCCAUAUUUAAGUCUUCCUGCGAAAUUGACGUGCGCUACUUCCCAUUCGAUCAGCAAACAUGUUUCCUGAAAUUUGGCUCAUGGAGUUAUGACGGAGACCAGAUCGAUUUGAAGCAUAUAAAUCAGAAAAAGGGUGAUAUGGUCGAGGUAGGUAUCGAUCUACGUGAGUACUACCCAUCUGUGGAGUGGGACAUUCUUGGGGUACCUGCUGAAAGGCAUGAGCGAUACUAUCCAUGUUGUCAGGAACCCUAUCCAGAUAUUUUUUUUAACAUAACGUUAAGAAGGAAAACGUUGUUUUAUACCGUCAACCUCAUCGUUCCAUGUGUUGGUAUAUCAUAUCUGUCCGUGCUAGUUUUCUACUUGCCAGCGGACUCAGGGGAGAAAAUUGCAUUGAGUAUUUCAAUUCUACUCUCACAGACGAUGUUCUUUUUGCUCAUAUCCGAGAUCAUACCUUCAACAUCACUCGCUUUACCUCUACUUGGUAAAUACUUACUUUUCACAAUGCUGCUUGUUGGACUUUCAGUAGUUAUAACGAUAAUAAUACUCAACGUGCAUUACCGUAAACCUAGUACUCAUAAAAUGGCACCAUGGGUGAGGAAGUUUUUCAUAACAAAGCUACCUAAACUGUUACUCAUGCGGGUUCCAAAGGAUUUGCUAAGAGAUCUUGCAGCCCAGAAAAUUGCCGGCAGAAGCAUGAAAAAGAACAAAUUAAAAAAUGCAUUAGCGGCGGUUGAACAAUCCAACUCGAAUGCCUCUAGUCCGGAUUCACUACGUCACAACAUGCCCGGGGGAUGUAAUGGUCUGCAUUCCACUACUGCUACUAACAGGUUCAGUGGGCUAGUUGGUGCCCUAGGAAGCCUUGGUGCAGGAUAUAAUGGUCUCCCUUCAGUUAUGUCAGGCCUUGACGAUUCUCUAAGUGAUGUAGCUCCUCGGAAAAAAUACCCAUUUGAACUGGAGAAGGCAAUCCAUAAUGUUAUGUUUAUACAACAUCACAUGCAAAGACAAGAUGAGUUUAACGCAGAAGAUCAAGACUGGGGCUUUGUUGCUAUGGUGUUGGAUAGAUUAUUCCUUUGGAUUUUCACAAUCGCUUCAAUAGUCGGAACAUUUGCGAUUCUGUGUGAGGCGCCGUCCCUUUACGACGACACUAAGCCCAUAGAUAUGGUUCUGUCAUCAGUGGCACAGCAGCAGUUUCUACCUGUUGAUAGUGGCGAAUCGUAA